AUGUCGGCUCCGCCGCCGAGCAAUCCUCCAACAACGCAUCGAAAGGCGGUUUCCCAUGGAAGAGGAUGGUUUGAGGGAACCAUGGGUGUCAUUUCCGGUAUUGGCGCUCCCCGUCCCAUGACUCCUAGCGAAGGAAAUAGGCCACGGACCAACUCUUGGUCUGCUCCAAACUCUCCGGCCAGAAGUGGUGUCUUCCCUUCCAUUCAUAGGUUACCGUCGCAAGAUUCGUUGGAUCGCAGCAUUCACAACGAAUCGGGACAUGGGAAGUCAGUGGCGCAAAUAAUAAAGGACUUGAAGAAGGCCAAUGCUGACUUGACAGACCAAAUGGCUGCGAUGGAAGUGAAGCAUAUGAAUGAAUUGGAAGCAGCGACGCGUCCGAAUGUCGAAAAGCAAAAGAAAGUUGAAGAUGCCUUUCUUACUUUGAAGAAGCAGAUGGCCCAGCUAGAAGCCAGUAAAAUUGCUGUAGACUCCAAAGUCAAGGAGAAGGACAGUCAGCUUCUCAAGGCUCGAGAAGAAGCAAGCUUUCACAGGCACGAAACAUCAAAUCUCAAAAGUCAGCUCCAUCAGCUACAAAACGAGUUGGACGAUUCAGAGGGCAGAUUCGAUGAUAUAGAACAGAUUAUGGCAGAAAAUGAAGAUAUGAAGAUGGAGCUGGAAGAAUUGAGAUUCAAGCUUAGUGCUGCUGAUACUGGGAAACCAGAUACGAAAGUUAUUGAUGAAGCGUCUUCGUCCUAUGCCGAUGUCCGCGGCAGUGACUAUUUCCAACAAUGGCAAGAUACGCAAGGGGAGCUCGAGUCACAUCGAAGUACGUUGACCGCCACGAAGCAAGAUUUGGAAAGUUUGCAACUUGAAAGGGAUUCGUGGCACCAAGAGCAAAACCAACGAGUUAUAGAGCUAGAAACGGAACUACAUACCAAGUCAGAAAAAUGGUCAAUGCGCGAGCAAGAAAUGCAGAGUCAGAUCCAAUCCAUGGAGUUUGACGCUGUGGAGGACAUGCAGAAUCAGAUUUUGGAGCGUGAUGAUAUUAUUGUUUCUCUCAACGAUCAAUUGGCUGACCUGUCUGCAGCACUGGCCCAGGCCAAGGAACAAUCCGUUGAUGAGGAGCAGUAUCGCCGUGAUGAAGCUGAAGAUCUUCGUAUUUUGCACGAUGCACAAGAAGAAGAAAUUGUGAAAUUGCGCAAGAAGCUCGAGGAUGCACAGAAAGAAUUGGCAUUCAGAGACGAGGAAAUCAAUGAACAACAGACCACUCUCGAGAAAACAAACACUGACAAGAAUGAAGAGAUUGAAAGGCUACAAAAGGAAUUGAAGCAUUCGCAAGAGCAACUUCACGAAAAGUCGCUUCCACCCUUGCCACCAAAAGAGGAAGAUGAUUCUCAACUGAUUUUGGAAUUGGAAGACGAUCUAGACUCAGCUCGGGCCAAAAUUGCCAGCCUGGAAGACGAAAUUGAACUUCUCAAGGUCGAGAUGGGAGUCGAAAACAUAGAUUUACUCGAACGUGAGAUUGAUGACCUAAAGCUGACGUUGGAAGAGGAGCGGCAAAAGAGUGCCGUUGCGACCGCUCAAAAAGCAGUGCUCCAAGAAGAUAUUGCUCGUCUUCAACAGGGGCUAUCGGCAGAUGCUACUCUUUCCGAGGAAGAAAAGAAGGCUGAUACGGAGGAAAACCAGAAGCUGUUACAGGAAGCGAAGAUGGAAAUCACCAAUCUAAAAUCGACUAUCGAGUCAAUGAAGUCUUCGGAAAGUUACAAAGGAGAGAAACAUAAAAGACAAGUUCGUGAAGCUCAGCUAGCAUUGGUUGCCUUGGACGAGGAGAAGGACGAGCUUAUCAAGAAGCAUGGUGAACUCCUAAUGGCGGUUGACAGGGAGAAAGAAAAAUUGGAAAAGGAUUCGUUCAAGAAGAUAGCAGCGAUUGAAGAUGAACUUAUUAUUGCACAGAGCCUGGCCGCGAAAUGCAAAGAAGUAGAGGCAGAGAAAGACGCUCUAGGAAAGCGGGUUGUGCAUCUUGAAGAGCAGAUUACCAGAAGCGCAACAAGACCAAUCGGUACAACCUUAGCAGACGAGCAAGCUCAAUCUCAGUUGGAGUCCAUAAGCGAGGAAAAUCAAGAAUUGAAAGAAAAACUGAAAGAUCGAGAUACAACAAUAUCUGCGUUGGUUAGAUCGUCUAUGGGAGUUGAGGAGAAAAUGGCAAAUUUGGAAAACGACUUGGUGGAAGCAAGAUCCUCCAGAGAUGACGACCUCAUUACUGCCGACGGGGAGAUCGGUGAGCUUCGAAUCGAAGUCGAAGCCAUGAGAUUAAACGAGCAGCGACUACGGAAUGAUCUGAAGGCUAUGGAGCGGGACCUUAACUUUGCGGAGGCAGAUGCGACGAGAUGGCAGCUCGCUCUUCAAGUUGACGAAACUUCUGGAGCAGAUCAGCGGUUUCAACUGGCUGCCCUACAACGGAAUGUCGCUGAACUCAGAGACAAGCUCCACGAACGAGACGAUACAAUUGAAGCUCUUGUCGCCGAGAGCCAAACGGCUGAGAACGAGAGCAAGGAGCUGAGAAGCAAGGUUAUAUCUCUGACCAAGGAUCUUGAGAAUACUAGGGUGAAUAACACGUACAGCGAUCCAGAGCUUCGUGAUGAAAUCCAGCGACUGCAAACCGAAAAUGACAUGUUUGCAGGGCAAAUUGUCGAACAAGACGAAGAGAUUCAACACCUUGUGCGAGAACUACGUCUGCGGGAUCAAAGCGUAGUCGAACUGGAGCGGGACGUCCAAGAAAUGGCUGAAAGGGGAGGAGGAGGACAAAGCCGAGAAGAAGAUGCGAGAGAAAUCCAGGCAUUGCAAGGACAACUCGCUGAAAUUCAAUCCGAUUUACGUCUUCGCAACCAGCAGCUCCUACAGUACAGGCAAGAGCUCGAAAGCAUCCAACAGCAAGGUGCGUUCGGAGGAGACCCCGCUAUGGCUGGUGAUAUAUCCGAUCUGCAAGCUAUGAACGACGACUUCCGCAUCGAAUUGCGUGAACUGCGCACGGAGCUUUGGGAAGCAAAGCAAGCAGCAGCUGCUUCAGAAGACUUGAAGCUCGAGCUUGCACAGGCUAAGUAUGCGUUUGACGAAUAUAAGCGAAAAAACGGAUCCGGCAAUGGAACCAUUAUCGAUCUCAGAAAAGAACUUGAGUCUUCGAAGAAGGAGGUUGAGAAGAUGAAACAGCUGAAGGAAAUGCAGGAGGCCUCGAAAAACUACAGAACUGCCAACGAAAGCACACUAUCGGAGUCCUUUGAGCGAAAAUCAAAGGAGAAAGACGCUACUAUUGCAAAGCUUAGGAGCGAGCUUGAGUCGUAUGGUACCAAGUCGGGUGAUAUGUCGAAGGGUCCGAGCAGGAUGACGGAAUUAAGAAGCGAAAACAAAGCCCUCCAAGAACAGUUCAAAGUGGAAUUACAUGCCAAGAAUACGCAGAUUUAUGCCUUGGAGCAAACACUUCAUGCGCAAGAGCAGGUUGUACAAAACCUGAGGCGGGAAAUGAAUCAACUGCAAAAUGGUCUGCAACUCAAUAUAAAGGGACGACAAGGAGAUUUGGACGAGAUGCAAGAAGAGAUUAUUGUCAUGGAAUCGAAAGCGAAGAGACAAGAACGAGAAAUUUCAGGAUUGCGGGUGAGGCUGGAGGAAGCACAGCUUGAUCACAGAGCAGAGGUGUCCCAAUUGCGAGAUUUGCUGAGACGUAAAGAACAAGAAGCCCCCAUUGCCAGGACUGUGAUGGACCUAAAGAAUGAAGACCGUCUAUUGGAAGUACACGAGCACUUGGCCAAUCUCAAAUCUCACAAUACCAAGCUUCAGGAGCAGAACCUAAAGCUUAAUGGUCGAUUAGAGCGAGCGACAAUUGAGAUCCAAUCGUUUGCCUCUCAGAGGGGGCACGCAGUGGAAUUGGAACAAGACAAUCGUCACCUUCGAAACCAAUUGACUGAUAUGGAGAGGGUCCUUAGGUCCUACAGCCAAAGGUCACCAACGGUGACAACAAUACCACUCUCUCGUGUGUCAACAGCGCCAUCACAAGUAUCGUCGCCAUUGCCAUCACCGUCUCCAUCUCCAGUAACCGUGCAAUCCUCGGCGUCGUCCGCAACUUCGAGCUUGAAGUCCAAGAAAUCUAAUAAACCGUUUGGCGGUCUGUUCAAGAAAAAGAAGAGUAAAGAUAAGACAGGAGAAACGAAGGCCAUGCCAAUUACUCCUGAGAAUGAGGACGAUCUGCAUAGCAGCUUUUGA